UACCUUUCGACUCCUGGACGGAACUCUUAAGAAGAAGAGCGGGGGAGGGGCAGGGUCACCCCACCAAGACCAACUCCCGCCCAUCUCCGGGUCAUAGUUUUGCCUCCAUGACCCGGAAGCAAACAGCGCAGAGCUGCAAUUCAACCUCCGGCUGGAGCAUUGUGCAUGUAGUGUCCCGGAGACGGGGCCGCUCAGCUCCCGAGUGGAGGGUUGCGCGUCCGGUCUCUCACAAUGAUAUCCUCCUUCUCUUGACGUCGUCGUGUUUUUUUUUACAAUCUGGGUUCUGUUCUCAUCAUUCCACUGGCUGCCUCAUCACAUACAUGAUACAGAUACGACAUGGCUUCGUCGGAAGAUCAACACAGCGGCGGUGCCUACCGCAAGCACCUCCCCGACCUCAGCAUCCCCCGCUUCACCGAGAUGCAGAAGCAGGAUGCCCAUGAGUACGCAAAGGCAUUCAAGGAGAGCGGCGUCCCCCCGUGGCUGCACGGCCUGUACCUGCACUGGCGCAAGCUGUUCCAGGAGCCCUUCAGGGGCGUCACAAACGAUGGCCGCGUCCGCCCAGACCUCUUCCACCUCCAGGACGAAGGGAUGCCCAUCUCGGCCAUCGUCGCAUCAGCCACCUCUCUGCUCUCCCUGCUCACGCCCUCCCAGCUCUCCGUCAUCAGCUACCACAUCGACUCGCCCGAGUGGCGAUCCUGGUCCAACCCGGAAUUCCUCCUGUCCGACAAGGGCAUCCGCCUCGACGAAGUCAGCGCAGAAACCCGCGCAGCCGUGCUCCGCCUGCUGGAGACCACGCUCUCGCCGGAAGGGUACGCCAAAGCGGUCUCGGCGAUGCGCAUCAACGGCUUCCUGGGGGAGCUGGUCGGCGCGCCGCGGGUAUGCAACGAGUUCUCGUACAACCUCGCGCUCUUCGGCAAACCCUCGGAGACCGCGCCCUGGGGCUUCUCCUUCUACGGCCACCACCUGUGCCUCAACGUCUUCCUGUACCGCACCCAGGCCGUCAUCUCCCCUUGGUUCACGGGCGCCGAGCCGAACCUGAUCGACGCGGGCCCGCACAAGGGCACGCGCAUCCUGCAGACCGAGGAGGAGCUCGGCCUGCGGCUGAUGCAGAGCCUGCCCGCCGAGCAGCAGAGCGCGGCGCAGGUGUACAGGAUGCUGCGCGACCCAGCCAUGCCCCGCCGCCGGUGGAACCACGACGACCAGCGGCACCUGUGCGGCGCGUACCGCGAUAACCGGGUGGUGCCGUACGAGGGCGUCUUGGUGUCGGAGAUGGGUGCGAGCCAGAAGGCCCUGGUGCGGCGGAUCCUGGAGGAGUACCUGCUGUAUCUGCCCAAGACGGCGAGGGAGAUCCGGCUGAGGGAGAUCGAGCGCUGGUUUCACGAGACGUACUUCUGCUGGAUCGGCGGUUUCGGGGACGACGAUGCCUUUUACUACCGCAUCCAGAGCCCCGUGGUCAUUGUCGAGUUCGAUCACCAUUCGGGCGUGUUCCUGACCAACAGCGAGCCGGCCAAGUUCCAUAUCCACACGCUGCUACGGACGCCGAAUGGCGGGGACUAUGGCAUGGCCUUGCGGCCGUUGAUUCCGGGCAUGGAGCAAGGGUUUAUCUGGGAAGGCUAGAGGAAAUGAUGCCACUAGAAUGUCUUCUAAAAAAAAAAUAAAAAAAAUAAAAAAAAAGGGGGGGG